AUGACUGGCGGAAAGAAUCCACCGCGACCCAGGAGGUUCCUGAGCGCAAAGGUGAGGCCGCAGAGAAAACGGCCUGCGCCACCAACACCGGAAUGGAUAGAAUCAGCGAGAAAGCGAAGAGCAUCAGAAGAAGAAGAUUCAGAACAACCAAUACCAGUCAAACAGAAAACAGAACCGGUAAUACCAACGCCACCAGUAGUGCCACCAGUAGUGCCACCAGUACCAGAGCUGGAGCCAGAGCGAAGACCAAAAGAAGAGCCGGAGCAAAGGUCAGAGACAGGGGGAGGGCUACAGGGGUGGACGUGGCCGUCUGAAGGAAUGACCCCAAACGAGGAGUCAGCAGUAGCGAAUCCGCCUGUGACGCCUUCGGAGACAUCGUCGGGACAAAACCAAGGAAUGGUGAUCCCAGAAGAUGUACUGUGGGAGGUGGUGAAAGGAGUCCAAGGCUAUGGAACUCCAGCGGACCCGAUAAAUAGGGCGGAAGAACAGGCCCAACAAGACGACAGUCAAUUACCUCCGUUGGCUGACUUUUUAUAUCGGUUUGGUUCGGGAUUCACCGUGGUAAGAAACUAUGUGGAAAGGGGCCUCUGCGGCGUGCAGUCAUUAGUUGACAGUCUAACUUGCCAAGAUAUCCUCCCUCCCGGGGUUCGAGUUCCGUCCAUCCAGAAUCUAUUGGACAUAUAUCAGCAAAAUGUAAGUAGAGGCUCAUAUGAUGUCUCCUUUACGGUCACCCCAGAAGACCGAAACAUGCCGGGUCCGUUUCAAGCCGAGAUAUUAUCACAUGUUAUAAGCGAAUGGAGCCGCCUUCACAGUAGCCCACCAUUUCGGCCCUAUGAGGAGAGCGAAGCGAGUCGCCUUCAACGACGGGUUCCGCCCCUAGUAGCUGGUUUUUACAGCGAAGGCGAAAGGCCGUUUGCCAUGCAGAUAACCGAACCCGGAACUCGAAUUGUUUGGAUUCACAACUCUGGCAAUCACUGGGAAGGUCUUAGGCCAGGUUUUAGUCCGGUAACCAUCAAUGAGAUAUUUAGAAAUUACGGUCAUGAAUUAUUCCAGAAUGAAAUUGCACCACAAUGGUUUGUCGAAAUGGUCCAACGGAGACAGGAGCCGUUACAGCUACUGCCAAGAUAUCGACCAUGGUUAGAGGAAAGCCGAUCUGCAGAUGAACGCCUCGGAUUAUUCGGUGGGACACCAUCACCGCCACAGGUGCGAAUCCUGACAGCUACGGCAUCACAGGCACUGGAAAUAUUGGAAAGAUUAUACCGGGCAAGACGGGAAAGGAAUGGAAACUGA